CGCCGUCUCUUCUUCCCUUGGAAAACCCAUUUCCAUCGUCCGCCAUGGCGCCACCGGCUCCGAUGCGGCGGCUCGCGGUCGCCAUUUCAGCUCUAAUCCUCUGCCUCAUCAUCUCUCCAUCGGCGGCCAUCUACUGCGACGAAGACGACUGCUACGAUCUCCUCGGGGUCACGCAGGGCGCGAACUCGUCGGAAAUCAAGAAAGCUUACUACAAGCUCUCUUUGAAACAUCAUCCGGAUAAGAAUCCGGAUCCGGAAUCGAAGAAGCUGUUUGUGAAGGUUGCGAAUGCUUAUGAGAUUCUGAAGGACGAGGCGUCGCGGGAGCAGUAUGAUUAUGCAAUUGCACAUCCUGAGGAGUACUUUUACAAUACAGCGCGCUACUACCAAGCAUAUUAUGGUCACAAGACGGAUCCUCGCGCUGUACUGGUUGGCUUUCUGUUGGUUCUAUCAGCAUUUCAGUAUUUCAAUCAGUGGACAAGGUAUAAUCAGGCUAUAGACAUGGUUAAAAAGACGCCUGCUUACAAGAAUAGACUUCGGCAAUUGGAACUUGAGCGUAGUGGGGGAACUACAACUAAGAAGAAGAGUAACAAGCAGACAAACAAGAAAAUUGAUGAAGAUCUCAGCAAAGAACUUGAAUUGCAGAUCAAAGGAGCUGAGCGGCCCUCCAUGUGGGAUCUUCUCGGUGUCCGUUUCGUAUUGUUACCCUACACUAUUGGCAAGCUGCUGUUAUGGCAUGGUUGUUGGUUCUGGAGAUAUAAGGUAAAGAAAGCUCCAUAUUCAUGGGAUGAUGCAUCCUACCUAACACAGAGAUCCCUUAGUGCGCCGCUUGAUGCAUGGAGAAAUGUUGAUGAUUUACGAAAGGAAGAUCUUAUCCAUAGACGCUUAUGGGAAGGCUCGAACUUGGAGAGCUAUUAUGCAGAAAUGCGAAAAGAAUCCAAGCGCAGAAGAUAGCAAAUUUUGCGGCAUUUGCUCCCUUUUUUGCUCUCAGAAUUCUGACAAUACGUUUUCGGCAAAGUAAAAGCAAGACACGAAGAGUUGACCAAACUUAAAUGAAGGGGAAUGUGAGUGAUGGAGUUGGUUUAAUAAUCCAUUAAGGCAGAGUAUUAACUAGGCUUUUAGUUUCAUACUAAAUCAAAUUUUUAUACA